AUGGGAAAAGUUCAUGCAAUGGGUAUUGACAGUGGUUUCACAAACAAAAUUUCAAUGUCUCACCAGCACAAAAAUGACCACAAAGACGAGCAAAAGCCUCUAAUUUUUGAUGCCUCUGUGCUUCGUCAUGAACCCAACAUACCAACCCAGUUCAUAUGGCCAGACCACGAGAAGCCUAGCGCCACAGCACCAGAACUUCCGGUACCUCUCGUCGACUUAGUAGGAUUCCUCUCCGGAGACCCUGUGGCGGCCAUUGAAGCCUCGAGCCUCGUCGGCGAGGCUUGUCGAAAGCACGGUUUCUUUCUGGUAGUCAAUCAUGGUGUUGACGCCGGUCUCAUUUCCGAUGCUCAUCGGUAUAUAGACUCGUUCUUUGACCUGCCACUUUGUGAAAAGCAAAAAGCUCAGAGGAAGGCUGGUGAGCAUUGUGGAUAUGCUAGUAGCUUCACUGGAAGGUUCUCCUCGAAGCUCCCGUGGAAGGAGACACUUUCUUUCAGAUACUCUGCAGAUGCGAACUCUUCCCAUAUUGUUGAAGAGUAUUUGGGUAACACAAUGGGUCAAGAUUUCUUACAAUUCGGGUACCAAAAACAUUACCAUUUCACUCAUUUUUCUUACCCGGAUCAAAAUUUCGUUUUAGCAUAUAAUCAUAGUUAA